CGGAAUUGGGGUCCGCUCUAAGCUGCAGCCGGAGACACAAGUGCGCGGUGUCGGGGGGCGGGGGGAGAGGCCGCGGCAGCCCGAGCCCCGCUGCGUGCAUGUGCGCGGCUCUCCCCGGAGGUGCUGCGGGCGGAGGAAGGCGACCCGGGACUCAGGGCAUUAAGUCCCCGCUCCUCCUGCGGGGAAGGCACACGCUCCUCCAUGCUCCUCGCCUGCCGGACUGGAGCUUUUUCUUUGCUUUUUUGGGUUUUUUUCCUCUUUUUUUGCAGGGGGGCGGGGGGGACGGGGCUCCUCUACCUCGCACCAGCCCGAUCACUCCCUGCGCCAACUCCUGACCCCUGAGUGCGCCGCCACGAGUCCUGCAGGCCGGGCUUUGCUGCUGCUUUUUUAAUUAUUUUUUUUUGCCUGUUUGGUUUUUGUUUUUUUUUCUUCUUAAAAAAACCCACCUCCCAAACAAAAACAAAAAACCCCCCAACAAACAACAACAAAAGCCAAGCACUUGUGAACUGGAAGCAACUGCUGCGGGGCAAAGGGGGGGGACACACUGCUCAGGAGACGGGGGCACCACUUGGAUUGGAGGCUUGCAGCGAUUUUUCCCCCCUCCCCUCCUGUUUCUUUCUUAAAGAAACUCCGGGGUCCUCUUCUGGCAGCCCGGCCGCUGCAUUCAUAGAGAGCGGCGGCAGCAGCACGAGAGAACAAAAAAAAAGAAGCAAGGGGGAAGGACGGACUGCACGAGAGUGGCGGAGACGAGCCUGGCUGGAUCUACAAGUCCUGAGCGGCGGGGGCUCGGCGGCGGCGGCAGCAGGAGGAGCGGAGGCGGCGGCCGGGGGGCUGGAGCUCGGCGCUGGGCUGCCCGGCGGGGCUAGCUGGGGAAGCGGAGCCGCCUGCGCGGCGCGGGUGCGGAGCCGGCCCCAGCCAUGGUGCAGCAGACGAGCAACCCGGCGGACAACACGGAGGCGCUGCUGGCCGGCGAGUCGUCGGACUCCGGCGCCGGCCUGGAGCUGGGCAUCGCGUCCUCGCCCACGCCGGGCUCCACCGCGUCCACGGGGGGCAAAGCGGACGACCCGAGCUGGUGCAAGACGCCCAGCGGCCACAUCAAGCGGCCCAUGAACGCCUUCAUGGUGUGGUCACAGAUCGAGCGCAGGAAGAUCAUGGAGCAGUCGCCGGACAUGCACAACGCCGAGAUCUCCAAGCGCCUGGGCAAGCGCUGGAAGCUGCUCAAGGACAGCGACAAGAUCCCCUUCAUCCGGGAGGCGGAGCGGCUGCGGCUCAAGCACAUGGCGGACUACCCCGACUACAAGUACCGGCCCAGGAAGAAGGUGAAGUCGGGCAACAGCCCCGCCGCCAAGCCGGCAGACAAGGCGGACAAGGCGGGCGCGGGCGCCGCCCCCGCCAAGCCCGCGGCCAAGAAGAGCUGCGGCUCCAAGCUGUGCCCCGGCCCGGCCAAGCCGCACACCAAGCCGGGCGGCAAAGCGGCGCCCUUCCCCGGCGAGCCGCCGGCGCUGCUGCCCCCGGAGCACCACGCGCUCUACAAGCCCCGCGGCGGCGCCGCCGGCUCGCCCUGCCCGCCCAGCAAGCCGCUGCCGGACAAGAAGCUGAAGCGCGUGUACGUCUUCGGCAGCGCCUCCGCCUCCCCCGGCGGCGCCGUGCCCGCCAGCCCGACCCUCAGCCCCGACGCCGCCGACCCGCUGAGCCUGUACGAGGAGGGCGCGGGCGUCGCGGACGGCGACUGCGGCAGCCCCUGCCCCUGCCCCUGCCCGCCGGGCGGCAGCUCGCCCGCCGACCACCGCAGCUACACCAGCCUAAGGGCCGCCUCGCCGGCGCCCUCCACCUCGCACUCCUCCUCCGCGUCCUCGCACUCCUCCUCGUCCGGCUCCUCCUCGUCGGACGACGAGUUCGAGGACGACCUGUUGGACCUCAACCCCAGCCCCGGCUUCGAGAGCAUGUCCCUGGGCAGCUUCAGCUCCUCGGUGCUGGACCGGGACCUGGAUUUUAACUUGGAGCCCGGCUCGGGCUCACACUUUGAGUUCCCGGACUACUGCACCCCGGAGGUAAGUGAGAUGAUCUCCGGAGACUGGCUGGAGUCCAGCAUCUCCAACCUAGUCUUCACCUACUGAGCCGGGCCGAGAGACGCCCCGGGGCAGAGCCAGGCACACGCGUGGGGAGAGGACUCGCCCACUCCAUUGGGUGUCGUCGUCCCCCACUCCCUUUUCUUUUUUUGUUUUAAACCACCCUCCGGCCCCCCCCCCCCCACCAACCCUCGGAGGGGGCUGAUGACACUGAACUUGUUUAAGAAUAAAAGAAUGAGACGAUGGCAGGAGCGAUCGUGCUGUUUUGCAAAGGAUGAAGAGAAAGGCAAGUCGCCCCUUUCUCUGCUUGGACACAGCCCCCCCUCGCACACACCCCCUUCCGAGAGACCAGCCUCAUGCUGCUCCUCCGAGACUGAACGGCUCCUUGAUUUUGCUUUGAAGGAGACACAGGAGGGGGAGGGAAACUACCUCCCCCCCCCGCCUUCCUCGGGAAGUGGGGGGUGUCUUUAUUUUGCCCCGCUUGAUCCGGGAUUGAUUGAAGAUCUCGACAGUUUUUUGUUGUUGUUUGUUCACUCCUGAGAGUGAGAUCCGAACUGAUCGGGGGGAAAAGAAACAAGAAAAAUCACCCGGGGAGUGAGUGGGGGGCUGGGGGGAUCCCGUGUCCAUUUGUUUCUUGCAGCAAGAGGAGAUGCAGAGAGAUGGGAGCAGAGGAAAGGGCGAACUGAGCUCGAGGCUGAACUGAUUUUCUAGUUGGACGGAGAAGGAGGUUGUUUUUUUAACCAUUAAAAGAAAAAGUAACUGGGAACACGACUAGGAGAAGAUAAUAAUAAACUGAAACGGAUUUGCACGUACAGAAAAGGAGGUGGCAUCGCUUUUCACUGUCACCUUAUAUAGAGAGGAAUAAAUCAAUACAACAAAACUUCAUGAACACUGAAAACUUUUUUUAUCGUUUUUUCAAGCGGAGACCGAUACACAACCCAGUGUCUGUAACGAUGUGGUACAGGGGAAAUGGAGGCCGAUGGCUUUUGCAAAAAAAAAGAAACCCACAACACACACACAAAUACACACACAAAAAAUGUUGGGUUUUUUUUCUUCUUGCUCAGAAUCGUGAUGGUGUUGGAUUAUUUCACUGAUGGGGUUUAAUAUAGCAUGUUAUCCUGUCUAUCUUUUUAAGAUUUCUGUAAGACUGUUGAACAGUUAAAAAAAAACAACAACUAGUGUUAGGAUAAUAUAAAAAGCAGAUAGAUGGCGCUAUGUUUGAUUCCUACAAAAAUAUCACCAGCUUUUUUUCAUUCUUAACUCUUUCAAGGAUUCAAACGCAACUCAAAUCUGUGCUGGACUUGAAAAACAAAACAACAACAAAAAUUCAGGACCAAAUUUUUUUCUCGGAGUAUGUAUGUGUUUGUUCCUUCUAGCUGUAAAUGAGAAGACUGUUUUUUCUCACCGAUGCUCCAUCCUCGUAUGGGUUGUUUUUAUUUUUUGUUUUGUUUUGUUUUGUGGCCCCCCCCCCUUUCCUUGUCAAUGUAAUCGGAUGCCAUUUUCUAAGUGGACGUAUUUAUACUGGCCAAACAUUUCUGACUUUGUAUUUCUUUGUCCUUUUUUGGUAGUUGGCGUUGUUUCCCCGCACCAUUUUUAUGUCUCCUUCACUGAAGGGCUAGAGUUUUAACUUUUAAUUUUUUAUAUUUAAAUGUAGACUUUUGACACUUUUAAAAACAAAAAAAAAGAGAAGAGAGAUGAAAAACGUUUGAUUAUUUUCUCAGUGUAUUUUUGUAAAAAAUAUAUAAAGGGGGUGUAACUCGGUGUCAAUCGCUGUUUGGAUUUCCUGAUGAUUAUGACCACAGGGCCGCUGGUUCAUCCGUCUCACACUUCCACGCGCAAAAAAAUCAGCCCCUACUUGCUCAUGUUUACACUCCAAUCUGCAGGCAUCUUAAAGUGACAGUAUCCCUUCUACCUGCCGCCAGUGCCCAUUGUUCACUCUCAUUCAUUUCUCGGGAGGGGAUACAUUUCCCUGGGGAGGGGGAAGAAUAAAACCAAUACACUGUAUGAUGAUUUUUCGUAGGGAAAAUUAAAAAAAAAAAGAAAAGAAUCCUCUAAUGAAGUAAACCACAUACCGUACAGGCGCUUUAAAACUGGUGCAUUUACAGGAGAGAAAAAAAAGGGAUCCUGUACCUUUAACUUGUAAACCACAUCUUUUGCACUUUUUAUAAGCAAAAAAAGAAAUAAAUAAAAAAAGAAAGAUAAAAAAAGAGAAGAAAACGUGCCGUUCAAACCACUGGAUCUAUCUAAAUGCCGAUUUGAGUUCGCGACACUAUGUACUGCGUUUUUUCAUUCUUGUAUUUGACUAUUUAAUCCUUUCUACUCGUCGCUAAAUAUAAUUGUUUUAGUCUCUUAUGGCAUGAUGAUAGCAUAUGUAUUCAGGUUUCUAGCUGUUGUGUUUAAGAUGAAAAAAAAAGUGAGAACAUCUUUGUACAUUUAAGUCUGUAUUAUAAUAAGCGAAAAAAAAGAAGAUUGUGUGUUUAUGUAUGUUAAUAUAACAUGACAGGCACUAGGACGUCUGCCUAAUGAGGUGGUUCCGUUAAGGGGUUAACUUUUUUUUCUUUCUUUUUUUUUUUUGGAUUUGUUACGUUUUUUGGUCAUCCAUCCUGUGCAAUAUUGCUGUGUAGAAUUUAAUUCUUGUCUAACGAGCACCCCCAUAACACAAGGUCGGGAAAGCAGAAGAAAGGAGGAGGAGAAGGAAUAAUAAUUUUAAAAAACAAGCAAAAUUUUUGAAUCAUGCCAGCUAAUCAUGUCAAGUUCACUGCCUGUCAGAUUGUUGAUAUACCUGUAAAUAACCUCUUUGUUUUGGGGUUUGUUUGUUUUGGGGGGGGUUGGUUUUUUUUUUCGGGAAGGAAAUAAAAUCAGCUGGAACUGAACCCUA